GGAAGUUAGUCAAAGAUCUUUCACCAUUUCUGCUGUCUGCUGCUUGCAGAUUUUGAUUCAUUUUAAAAACACUUCAGUGGAAUGGCAUCGUUUAUGGGGGAAGAAUAAAGAAAGGAAACAUGAACCCCCCGAUUCGAAGUUUGAUAUGCCUACUUCUUCUGGUCUACAAUAUUUCAGGUGUCCUUGCUGAGACCAAGUACCCUAGAACACUGCCAUGUGAUAUUACAAAGAAUAAUUCCUCUGUGAUUUUUGACUGCAGUUCCCGUCGAUUGAAAUAUGUGCCUGCUGGAACGUAUAGUGAUGUAACAGAAAUCAAGCUCUCAGGCAACCUUAUAAAGAAGAUUUCUAAAGAAUCUUUUCAGGGCCUGAAUAACCUGAUGAAAAUAAAUCUAAACAAGAAUCAUUAUUUAAAGGCCAUGGAAAAGGCUGUUGAUCCAUGUGAAAAAGGAAUGGUAAUUGAAGAUGGAGCUUUUGCUAACAUGACCAAGCUGAUAGAAUUAUUAGCAGAUGAAACCCAUUUAUGUAAAAUACCAGCUGGGAUGCCAUUGUCCUUAACCUCACUGAGUUUGAGAUUUAAUAGCUUUUUUUCUUUCAGCCAGCAAAAUUUUUCAGAACUCACACAACUGAAAGAGCUCUACUUGGAUAGAAACUGUUUUUCCGGCAAUCCCUGUGACAGAACUUUCCUCAUAGAACCCCGGGCCUUUUCAGACCUCUCUGCUUUGACUGUGCUGUCACUCUCUCUCAACAACCUAUCCCAAGUUCCAAGCCAGCUACCCUCAUCACUAAAAGAACUUUAUCUCAGCAGCAAUAAGAUACAAACCAUUAAGUAUUAUGAUUUUCAAAACCUGUCCAAUAUAGAAGUCCUUGACCUAAGUGGAAACUGCCCAAGGUGCUUCAAUGCCCCCUUUCCGUGUGACCCUUGCCCUGGAGAUUCCUCCAUUCAAAUACACCCUCUUGCUUUCCAGUACCUGAUGAACUUACAGAACCUAAGUCUCUCCUGUACCUCCCUCACUCAUAUACCCGCCAGCUGGUUUUAUAACACGUCACAGUUAAAGGUUUUGAAUCUUGGUUUUAACUACUUGCUAAAGGAAAUAGCUUUAGGAGAAUUUUUAGUCCGACUACCUCACUUGGAGGUGCUUGACUUAUCCUUUAAUUAUGCAAAACAAGCAUACCCCAAGUAUAUAAAUAUUUCUGACAAUUUUGCUAACUUGGUCCGUCUCCAACAACUGCAUAUACGAGGUUAUGUAUUUCAGGUCCUUACACGUGAACACCUGCAGCCUCUUAUAAAACUUACAGAUCUACACACCCUCAAUUUUGGGGUCAACUUCAUCAAGCAGAUUGACCUCAGGGUAUUCCAGCUCUUUAUUAAUCUGACUUUGAUUUCUUUGUCUGACAACAGAAUAUCACCAUUAUCAGACAGCGGCAACAACAGUGACAUUCAUGGGACAUCAUUAGGAAAUCAUGUCAUUCGACGUCGUUCAACAGAUACUUAUUUUGACCCAUCAGCAAAUAACAUGCUAGAAUCUGGAGAUACAUCCAGUAGUCAUAUGUCUGCUCCUAUUUUUCCUUUAAUCAAACCUCAGUGCAGCAUGUAUGGUAAAGCACUAGAUUUAAGUUUGAACAGUGUUUUCUUCAUUGCCCAACAACAAUUUAAAGGUUUCCAUGAUGUAGCCUGUUUGAAUUUGUCUUCAAAUGGCAUUGGCCAAGCUUUGAAUGGCACGGAAUUUAUUUUCCUCCCUAAUCUCAAAUAUUUAGAUUUGUCUUUUAAUAAACUUGAUUUGGCUUAUAGUUAUGCAUUUAAUGAAUUACAUAAUUUAGAGGUACUGGACCUCAGCUAUAAUAAACACUAUUUUAUUGUGUCAGGGAUAACCCAUAGACUGGUAUUUCUUCAAAAUCUUACGCAUCUAAAAGUUUUAAACUUAAGUUACAAUGAGAUUUCCACACUAACAGAACCUAAUCUAAUCAGCAGUUCACUGGAAGAAUUGGUGUUCAAAGGAAAUUGCCUUGAUAUUUUAUGGAAAAAUGGAGACAAUAGAUAUAUACACUUUUUUAAAGAACUCAGCAAACUGACUCAUCUUGAUAUAUCCCACAACAGACUUAAAGCUAUUCCUACCAAAGCAUUCCUUUGCCUUCCACAGAGCCUAAUUGAACUACGCAUAAACAGUAAUGGAUUACAGCACUUUGGCUGGAAAGCCCUGAAACAAUUUCCAAAUCUCAAAUUACUAGAUUUGAGCAGAAACUUAUUGACUUUUAUAACUGACAGCCUUGCCAACUGCACAUCCUCUCUUCAGACACUUCUGCUUCAAUAUAAUAAGAUUGCUCAUCUAGCUGAUGGAUUUCUUUAUAAAGCCAGCAGCCUUUUACAUCUGGAUUUAAGUUACAACAGACUUCAUUCCAUAAACCAAUCAACAUUUCUGUCAAAUGAUUUAAAUUAUUUAGUCUUGUUGAACUUAAAGGGGAACCCUUUUGAAUGCACUUGUGCAAUUGUUGGUUUCACUAACUGGAUACAUUUAAACAUUAAUGUCAGUAUACCACGACUGGCAACAGACGUCAUUUGUGCAACACCUGGAGAUCAAACAGGAAACAGCAUUAUAAGUUUAGAUCAACAUGCCUGUACUUUGGAUAUAGCUGCAUUAAUAUGCUUUUCAUUAUCAUUCAUUAUUAUUUUCACUGUUAUGAUAAUGGCUAUUACAAAACAUUUAUUUUAUUGGGAUGCUUGGUACACAUAUUAUUAUUGUGCUGCCAGACUAAAAGGGUACAGGUCCAUAAUCACAGAAAAAGCUCUUUAUGAUGCUUACAUUGCCUAUGAUACUAAGGAUGUAGCAGUAACUGACUGGGUAAUAAAUGAAUUACGAGUUCACUUAGAAGAAAGUAAGGACAAGCAAGUUCUGCUUUGUUUGGAGGAAAGAGACUGGGAGCCAGGAAAAGCCGUCAUUGACAACCUUGCACAGAGCAUCCAGUGCAGCAGGAAGACAAUAUUUGUCCUGACAGAAAGGUAUGUAAAGAAUGGAAACUUCAGAACAGCUUUUUACAUUGCCCUGCAGAGACUAAUGGAUGAGAACCUGGAUGUGAUUGUCUUUAUUCUGCUGGAGCCAGUGUUACAGCACUCCCAGUACCUGCGGCUGAGGAGGAGGAUUUGCAGGAGUUCAAUUCUUGAGUGGCCAAAGAAUCCACAAGCUCAAUGCCUUUUCUGGCAGAGCCUAAAAAAUGUGUUGCUCACAGAAAAUUAUAACCGGUAUAACAAACUGUACACAGACUCCAUUAAAUGCUAGCAUAGAGAAAAAGAUAUGCAAAUAUCUGUGUCUUUAUCAAGAAAUAAUCAGUUUUCGAAUCUAGUCAAAACAGCUCCAUUUAAAGUGUUGGCUUUGAACUGAAGUGUCUGAGAAAGUUUGAAGACAGAUGUUACCUACUUUAGCCUGGUUUACAAAAGGUAUGGUAUUACUAGACUCAGGGAAGAUCAUAUAAAGAGAGUAAUAUUAAUAAUUUGCAGAAAUGUUGUCUUCAUAUCUGUCAGUUGUCAUCAAAAAAGUAGUUAGCUACUAUAGAUUCUCUUUUUACCUAACCGUGCUCUAAUUUUCUACUGGGAACAUGAUUAAUUAAAAACUAUGAUGUUCAAAUUAGAAUCCAUAGUAGCUAACUAGUUUAGUGAUGCAAACUGACAAAUAUUGGGAGGCAAUGAACAUGCUUACCUCUGGCUACCUUUUGAUGAUUUUUUUUUUGUAUUUAAUUAUUGAUUUUGAGAUGUUUGUUGAAAACUCAAUUACACUCCAGCUCAACAAACUACUGAGGCCAGUGCUUAACUGCAAGUAUAUCCUGAAACUGUUGUGUUCUCCUUUUUUUAUUCAUGAAGCAUCCAACCAGUGGUCUAAUUCUAGAUUUUCAUGAGUCAUAUUGUUAGUCACAUAUUAUAUAUUGUGAGUGACCUACAUUAAAACGAGAAAGAUAUAAAUAACCCAAAGGAAUGUUAGAGGGGGGAAAACCGUAGCUCUUUAAAUGUUUCCUCUUUAAUUUUCUGCUUCAUUAUAUGAAGUAUAUAAACAUAAUAUAAACUACAUAAAAGAAGUACUAGCAAGCAGGAUACCCAUUUGCCUCCUCCACAAGAUGGUGGUUUGAACUCCUAAAAUUAAUCUUUCCUUUUUCCCUUGUUAGUAAUAGGGCUAAACUCAUGAGAAAAUAUUUCCAGGAUAGAUCAACUUGAUUUGUAUUUGUCCUUUUAAACUUAUGUGAGAUCCUGCCACAGUUAUGGUUGUACAGAUAACUUAACCAAAGCAUACUUUGUUAACUGGAAUGUGUUUCGGGAGUCAAAUUUAAAUCCCAUAAUAAUGUACUUAAUAAAACUGGUUGCUUCUCAAGGGGCAUAGUUUUAACUGUUCUUCUUUAUGAUUUUGUUUUUGUGUUGAAUUAGACUGCAUGCUGCUUUAAAGUGUUGAAGUGAUGCUGUUGCUGUGAUGCUUCAGGAAAUAUGUGAACAAAUUCUUGUGGAUGUUAUCUUUUAUUAAACCAACUGCAUGGUUGGGAUAGACGCAAAGAAGAUUUCAGGUAUCACUGUAACAUUUCUCAGCUCUCUGAGCGGUGAGAGCUGAAGAAAGGCACAGAGAUAUACUUGAAAGUUUCUUUGUUUAUCCCAACCAUGCUGUUGGUUCAAUAAACGAUAUCAACCACAAGAAUUCUUGCUGUUUUAAAAUAUUUUGUUUGGUUCCUCCAUACUUGCUAUACAUGAGGAAAUUGUAUAUGUUACAGCCUCCCUGCCAUUUACAGCUGUUAGUUUCCCCCACACACCAGAUACCACUUUGUAGCCCUAAAACUGUACACCCUGUAGUUUUCCUGGUUAAAAAUACCAGGCAGGUGCAGACUCCAACCAACAUGGACUUUUUGUAGUAUCUGGUCCGCUUUGUGCUCUUAAAAGGUUAAAUCAGAAUUCCCCUGACUGGGUAAAUAUGACCACUUACCACAGGCAGUAAGAUGUUUCUACUAGAAAUUGCUCUAAUAAACUGAUUCACUAAUAA